AUGAUCCCUUCGUCCCGCUUGUUGAGAGCGCCUAUAGCUUCUGGAUCCCGCCAGCUACUUUCCACGCCGGCCCCAACGGCCGUAGCUGCCCUGGCGAAGCAAUGCCGGCCGGCAUCUACCACGUCCCUCCCUUCGGCUUCAACGACGGGUUCGGCGGGGACGUCCGGGUCGAGUGCGACAGUUACUACGUUGCCGAAUAAGAUGAGAGUGGUUACUGAGAGUACGCCGGGGCAUUUUCAUGCGGUGGGGGUGUAUAUUGAUGCGGGGAGCCGGUUUGAGACGAGGGAGAGGAGCGGGGUCAGUCAUUUGAUUGAUCGGUUGGCGUUCAAGAGCACAGACAAACACUCGGAUACGGAAAUGACGACCCUUAUCGACUCUCUCGGCUCCCAAAUCUCAUGCGCCUCCUCACGCGAAACAAUCAUGUACCAAUCCUCCAUCUUCCCCCACCACCUCCCCACCGCCCUCUCCAUCCUCUCUUCCACGAUCCUCCACCCGCUCCUCCUCCCCGCCGAGAUCGAAUCCCAAAAACAAGCGGCCGCAUACGAGAUUCGCGAAAUAUGGAGCAAGCCCGAACUCAUCCUGCCCGAAGUACUGCACACCGUCGCGUACAGGGACAACACACUGGGCAUGCCCCUCUUGUGCCCGGAAGAGCAGCUGGGAGUUUUGGGCGAGAAGGAAGUGAGGGGGUUUAUGGACGAGUGGUAUAGGCCGGAAAGGAUGGUACUUGCCGGAUCGGGGAUGGCGCAUGAGGAGUUGGUCGAGUUGGGGGAGAGGUACUUUGGGGGAUUGAAGCCGGAGGUGGCGGCGACACCGGACGUUUAUGCGCCAGUUACGGGGGCAGGAGGGGGGAAAGAGCCGCAAAGUUUGGGAAGGAAGAGCUUUGCCACUGUCUCGGCGGCGCCGGUGGAUGGUGCGCAUGAGAGGUUGGCGAGUCAGCGGGCGGUGUAUACGGGCGGAGAAGAGUAUAUCGAGAAGCCGGAAGAAGAGUUUGUGCAUCUGUAUAUCGGGUUUGAGGGGCUGGGGAUACAUGACCCGGAUAUCUACGCUCUCGCGACAUUACAAACAUUACUAGGUGGCGGAGGCAGUUUCUCAGCUGGCGGACCCGGUAAAGGCAUGUACACCCGCCUCUACACCUCCGUCCUAAACCGCUACCACGCCGUCGAUUUCUGUCAGGCCUUUCACCACUGCUACGUCGAUUCCGGCCUAUUUGGCAUCUCAGCCGCCGUCUACCCCAAGUUCGCACCCCGGAUCGCAGAGGUCAUCGCGCAGCAGUUGCAUGCGCUCACAGGACCGAUGCGGGGCGGGCUGGAGGAGGUCGAGGUGUCGAGAGCGAAGAAUAUGUUGAAGAGUACGCUGGUUAUGGCGUUGGAGAGUCGGUUGACGGCUGUUGAGGAUUUGGGGAGGCAAACUCAGGUACAUGGGAAUAAAGUCCCGGUAGAAGAGAUGUGCGCGAAGAUUGACGCCUUGACGAUGGACGACCUCUGGCGCACCGCCAAACGCAUAGUUCGACCCGCCUCCGGUCCCUCUGGGCUCAACUUUGGUCUGGGUUCCGGAAAGCCUACGAUUGUCGCACAGGGGAAGAACCUUGAGACGCUGGGGGAUGUGAAGCGGGUCUUGAAGCGGUGGGAUCUGGGUGUGCAGUAG